AUGCGAUCAGCACCAACGUCUCUUUGGAAAGCAGUCGAGAGUGGAUCAGGUGAUUCCCAAUCUUCCGGGCGGUCAGGUCGGCGACUGAUUAUGCUGGCAGAGGAACCCAUCGAUGUGGGCGACUUAUACGAGUAUCAACGAUAUAGGUGGCUGAGUGGAAAUUCCGAGAAACUCGCAAUGCGCUACCGCAAGUUCAAUUUGCAAGCCCUUCUAGAUACUUCUGUCAAGGCCGUGGGCGAUGGACUAAGUUGUGUAAAGCUGCUUAAAUGUGUCGAAGGGCAGUUUAAUAAGGCGUUCCUCCUGACUAUGAGUAAUGGUCUCGAGAUCAUCGCUCGAUUACCCAACCCAAAUGCAGGGCCAGCUUUUUACACAGUUGCAUCAGAAGUUGCGACGCGUCACUUUUUGCGCGACAAGAUAGGCAUUCCUAUCCCUCGCAUUUAUGAUUGGUCGGCUGAGGCACAUAAUUCAGUAGGUGCUGAAUAUAUCCUCGAAGAAAAGGCUACCGGUCAGCCUCUAGGAAGUGUCUGGGCCAACCUCACUUUCGCAUCUCAGUUGGAUAUCGUGAGCCAGAUCGUAGAUAUGGAAAAGAAACUUGCUUCUAUUACUUUUCCAAAGCACGGUUGCAUAUACUACGAAACGGAUCUUUUAUCGAGAUCUCUGGAUUAUGAGGCCCUUGACUCACAACAUGGAUCUUUGGGAUCAGCGACCAGUCGAAACGACCAACCGCUAACGUUCGUGAUCGGACCUUCUGCCAAUCCGGUCUUCUGGGAACGUGAAAAAGCGACAAUGAAUUUGGACAGAGGCCCAUGGGAAAGCGUUGCUGGUUACGCUACGGCCCUUGGAAAGAAUGAAAUUGAAUGGGCUACCUCUCACGCAAUGCCAAGAAUGAAUUUUCACCGAUCUAUGGAGUUUCCUGAGACGUCAGAUGAUUACAUCGCCCUUGUCAAGAAAUACAUGACGCUUGCUCCAUAUCUGGCGGCUUCCUCAAAUAUUGAGCAAUCUAACAGGAUCUCGCAUCCGGACUUGCACCUUGACAACAUCUUCAUUGACCCAGGGACUAACCGAAUCACUUGCAUAAUAGACUGGCAGCAGACUUCUGUUUGUCCGAUAUCUCUGCACCGGUCUAAUCCGCAGAUGCUUGAGCUAUCAGUCUCAUCGCAAUCAGAUCAAGGCAGACAUGAAAGAAAGCUUUUGGAUCAUUACUACAAUGCAGUCAAGGAAACUGAUGCUCUCCGGUGGGAAGUCCUGACCGAUCCCCUUCUCGCGGUUAAAACGAAUCCCUUUGUUUUGGUGCCUGGAUGCUGGGAGCGAGAAGAUUUAUUCUCUCUACGCAAUGCAUUGAUCACUGCCAUCGCACGUUGGAGUGAUAUGGGACAUGGCGAAAUACCAUGUCCCGUCCAUUUCAGCGAGGAAGAACUCUUACGACAUCAAGAUGAGAUGGAUCUUCUCGAAGGGAUCUCAGCAAUUCUGCGCGAGCUGCAAGAUGAAGGGCUUAUUCCAUUGGGCGGUAUGGUACGUCCGCAGUAUUAUGAGCGUGCCAUGGAGUUGAAUAAUCAUUUCAAACACGCGUUCAUUGAUUUGGCUGAGAAUGAGCGCCAGCGGGAAUUGCAUGCGAAAGUAUGGCCUUACCAAUAG